AAAAGGUCUCUAAAAUGGUGGAUGUGGAGAUUAAUUGAUCCCAUUAAUUCAAAUUUGCCCUGAAAGCUUUCAUAGACUAGACUAAUUCAGCUUUAAUCUUUAAGGUAUGUCGCCUGGUUUAGGGGAAUGACCUUGCAAAGGUUUACUCUUUUUGAUGAUAAAAGAUGAUUAGAGCAUAAACUUAACCUGAUUUAUGAGUAUGGACUUUCAGUUCCUGAAAUUAGAAGUAAAGAUGAAACCAUGAUAACUUCAAAUUGAUUUUCAUUCACUGUGAGUCUCAACAUUUCACAACCUUUUUUUAAACCAAUAUUGAAGCAUUGUGACCAAACAGAUUUUCAAGUUGCAAGUAAUCGUGUUGAUCAGCUUCAUACCAAUGAUGAAACCAACUGUAAUCAUUACCUAUUUGUUGAUAAACUGUGCCUCUAGUGCUUAUUUAACAUCGAGAACAUCGUCAUCAACCAAAGAUCCUCUUGAAAGAUUGUUUCGUCCCAAGAAAUUUAAUGCAACUGUUUUACUUUUAGAUCGCGGUAGAUCCACACUUCGAGGCCGCUAUGGUUCACCAAGACUGGUCAAAGUUGAGUUGGAUAAAUCACUCGAGUUCUUACCAUUGGAACCAUAUGGAUUAAAUAGUCUGCCAAGUUGGUCAAAGUCAAUAUUAGGCUGUUAUCAAUACGAUGAGCCGAGGAAAAUUGAAUUAACUCUUGAGAUGUUCAGAAGAGAGUGGCGAGCGACAGCUAAUAUGGUUGAUGGCCGAACCUUGGACCGUGUUCUGGAUGUUUGUGAUCAAUUCUUGAAUUAUUAUGGAGGUUUGGGCAAAUUACUGAUGGACAGGAAUGAAACUUCAUCCAUUGUUUUCCGAGAAAAAAGUAAACAAAGACUAGCCAAUAGUUAUGGAACCCAAUACCAUGUAACUCUGGUUCAUUUACUUGACAAACCCUGGAGUCAAACUCAAAAGUGGCCUCGAUUUUGGAGAGAUUUACCCGAAUGGGCAGGAUCAUUGGACCAAUGUUUCAAAUUUAUCAGCAGUGAUCCCAUUGAGGAACACCAGAAAAAAGUUCCGUUCAAGGAAAUUGAACUGGUGGACAAAAGAACGAUGUGGAAUCUGAAUCAUGUUUGUGAUUUGAUCACUUUAGUCAAAUGGGAUUGGUUUUCAGCACAAAAUGAUCGAGAUAUUAGAUUAAGAAUCGAACGGACACAUUGAAAAAUCUGAAUGUAUCAUUCAUAAACUAACACUAUCAUAUAAAAUGAUCUGCUGCAAAUAAAUGCGAGAUUAUAUUUUCA